AUGGCCUCUGCUGGUCUGCAAAUACUGGGGAUUGUCCUGACACUGCUUGGCUGGGUGAAUGCUCUGGUGUCCUGCGCCCUGCCCCUGUGGAAGGUGACCGCCUUCAUCGGCAACAGCAUCGUGGUGGCCCAGGUGGUGUGGGAGGGACUGUGGAUGUCCUGCGUGGUGCAGAGCACGGGCCAGAUGCAGUGCAAGGUGUACGACUCAAUGCUGGCGCUGCCCCAGGACCUGCAGGCUGCCCGAGCCCUCUGUGUCAUCACCCUCCUCGUUGUCCUGGUGGGUCUGCUGAUCUACCUUGGUGGGGCCAAGUGCACCACCUGUGUGGAAGAUAAGGACUCCAAGGCCCGUCUGGUGCUUACCUCUGGGAUCAUCUUUGUCAUUUCGGGUGUCCUGACCCUCAUCCCCAUCUGCUGGACCGCCCAUGCCAUCAUUCAGGACUUCUACAACCCCCUGGUGGCAGAGGCCCAAAAGCGGGAGCUGGGGGCCUCCCUCUACCUGGGCUGGGCGGCUUCUGGCCUUUUGUUGCUGGGUGGAGGGCUCCUGUGCUACACCUGCCCUUCUGGGGGGUCUCGGGGCUCCAGCCAUUACCUGGCCCAAUACUCAGCAUCUGCCCCACAUGCCAACUCUCAAGGGCCCUCCGAAUACCCCACCAAGAAUUACGUCUGA